GGUUUAGAACUUCGAAUUUGAUUAUGGAUGCUGUCGCUUCCCAUCAUUGUUAUAUUAGGAUGGAGGUAACAUUGGCAAAUUUACCAUUUAGGUGAUUUUGUUUCCUUUUUACUGCCCUGGAUUCCUUCCCCUCUAAACUUAGCAGCCGAAAAGGAGAAAAAAAAACAGAUGGUGAUUUGUGCAGAGGGUUCCUGUGAGGGGAAAAAACGUGAAACUGUGUGGCUGUGCAGCCAGAGCCAGAGUGGAGCAAGGUACAACUACAACUGCCAUGUUCAGGGAUCUCUUGGAGAGUAGCAAUAAAGCUUACACCUGCUAAAGAACACAAGAUGCCGAUAUGGUAAAAAGAUAGAGGAAUGCGAUGAGCAGUUUGGCUUUUGGAAUAUUUGUUUUGUAGUUGAUCUUUCUUCUGUAAGAGUUUUGGAUGAGUAGAAGGCUUGAGACAAGAAGUGGUUCAGCACCCAAAUAGGGGUUUGAGGUUGUCUUGGGUUGAGGAGGGUGGAGAAGUCCAUGAAGGCCAGCCCAUACCGAAGGUUUCAGGGGAGGACCAUGGUGGUAGGAGGAUGUGGGUUCUGCAGAAAGUUAGGGCUUUUCUUGGUUUCAAGAACCAUGGGAAGGAAAUGUCAGGCCAUGAGGAGAUUGGUUCAUCAUCAGCACCUGCACCAAUGGUCGGUGGAGGCGUAGCUGAAUCUCCACCUCCUGCUUUGCCAUUCUUCACCCAUGAAAGCCCCCACCACUCAGCAUUGGACCCUACUUUUGCGUUGCCUCACCAGGUGAACAACGCCAGUGAAAAGAGUCAGAAGAGAGGUUGUAAACUUAGUGCAAGAGUGAUAUCACUCUUUGCGUCCACAGGUGGAGUCUUUGCUCUUUCCGUCAUGGUCUUCUUUGGGUUUGUGAGAUUCAGAGGGAGGAAGAAGAAGAAACAGAGAGCAGUGAGAACCAUGCUGCUUCCUGGGUUCUGCACUGGAGGGACAGAAAAGGUAGAGGUGAGCAACCCUUCAAACUUCGUCACCAAGGUUGCUUUUGAUCAGGGACCGGAGCAUUUCUACUUGAAUACUUUGGUUCCGUCUGCAAAGACACCUUCUGAUGUCAAAAACCAGGCUGAUAACGUCAAUGCGCCUCCUAAGCCAAAGCCACAUGGUUCCCCAGGCCAAGGUCGGAUAAACAAAUCUGCUAACCGGCAUCGCCUUUCCUUUGAUCGGAAUGAGAUCCUUCGCAGAUCGAAGUCUGCAGAAGAAGAAAUGUUCCACUCCAUCUGCAGAUCUUUGUCUUCUAACAGACGGGUUUCUGAUGCCUCGGACGGUCGGCCAUCUUUGCCUUCCUCCCCUGCUUCCUUACCAAGGCAGCAUUCACCAAGAAGGCGUCCUCUGUCAUCACCGUUUAGACCAUCUACACCAAAAGACACUCUAGUUUCUCAGUGGAAGUUGGCCUCAUCUCUGUCACAUGUUAGCGCAAUACCGAGCGAACAUGCAACUUCACCUCGUCCUUGUAAUCUGCAAAAUGAGUUGCCAAGUAGGCGUUCUUCAAGGGCUGCCUCACCAGUGCGUUUCCAGAAUGCAAUGCCACCUCCUCCUCCAGCACCACCUGGUCCGCCGUUGCCACCCCGCGCUCCACCUCCACCACUAGUGCCGAAGGGAUCAGCUCCACCCCUCGUUACGCAGGCAGAGCAAUCUAAUCACGGGAAUCGCCUGCCAAAGCUGAAGCCUCUGCACUGGGACAAAGUUCGAGCGGCGUCUGAUCGAUCUAUGGUGUGGGACAAGCUCAGAGCGGGCUCAUUUGAAUUCGACGAAGAAAUGAUAGAGACUCUUUUUGGGUAUAAUCUGAAAAAUUCCGCAAGAAAUGAAGAGGCCAGAAACAGAAGCUCUCCUCCCAGCAAGCAUGUUUUGGAUCCUAAGAGGUUGCAGAACAUAACCAUACUCUCCAAAGCACUGAAUGCUUCACCAGAGCAAGUAUGUUAUGCCUUGAUGCAAGGGGAUGGUCUGACUAUAGAACAAUUAGAAGCACUGGCGAGAAUGGUGCCCACGAAAGAAGAAGAAGAAAAGCUGUUGAACUACGACGGAGAUGUUAAUGAACUCGGACUUGGGGAGAGGUUUGUCAAAGAGAUGCUGAAUCUGCCACUAGCGUUUCUAAGAAUUGAAGCAAUGCUAUACAAAGAAACCUUUGAAGAUGAAGUGCUUCAUCUCAAAAAAUCCUUUGUAACACUAGAGGAUGCCUGCAAGGAAUUGAAGUCAAGUCGGCUUUUUCUGAAGUUACUUGAAGCUGUGUUGAAAACUGGAAACCGGAUGAACGACGGAACGAGCCGAGGAGGUGCAAAAGCUUUCAAGCUUGAUGCAUUGCUUAAGCUUGCAGAUGUAAAAGGAACGGACGGAAAGACCACAUUACUGCAUUUUGUAGUUCAAGAGAUGAUCCGAUCAGAAGGUGUCAGGACAUCCGAAGCUCUAGACGAGAGUACUGAUGAUGAGUCGAGGAAUGAACUCUAUGAGGAAAGAGAGGAGCGGUAUAGAAGAACUGGCCUUGAGAUCGUUUCCCGUCUAAGCACAGAGUUAGCCAAUGUGAGGAAAACGGCUUGUAUAGAUUUGGAUGCUUUGUCCAGCUCUGUUUCCAAGCUCUUAGAAGGUAGUAUGAGGCUAAAGGAGCUCAUUGAUGAUGAGCAUCUGUUGAUACAUGGCAAAGGAGAUGAAUUCGUGAAAACAAUGAGAUUAUUUCUUUACCAUGCGGAAGAUGAGAUUGAGAAAUUACAGCAAGAUAAGGAACGAGUUUUGCAUAUGGUUAGGCGCAUCACCGAGUACUUCCAUGGGGAUAUGAGCAAGGAUGAUGGGGACCUGAUUCGGAUUUUCGUGAUAGUGAGUGAUUUCCUUGGAAUGUUAGAUCAUGUAUGUAAAGAGAUCAGAAGUAUGAAGCCAAGUAACACACUGCAAAUUCCUAGGCCGGCUAACUUUUCCGUGUCUGUGGGCUAAAACCUGGCUCCUAAGGUCAAUGUUCAUUCCAAGGUAAAACCUCUUGGUUGGAGAAUUUUGUGCUUGUCGUUAGUUGUCACAGGAAAUGUCCAUAUGUAGUAAAAGAAAAUUUGCCUUUUUUCUGUUGCCAUCUAAGGAUUUAUCUGUGCCCCUCA